AUGUCGAAUCUGAAGGCGGUGAAGACUCGUAUGAAGUCCGUGACUUCUAUCCAGAAGAUCACUAAAGCUAUGAAAAUGGUUGCCGCGUCAAAACUACGUAGUGAUGAAGACCGUGUGGUGAAUGGCGCUCCCUUUACUCAGCCAGUUAUAGACUUCUUUAAGAGGCUCCCUGUCGACGAGGGCAUCCCUAAGGGCAAGCAUGAUCUCGUUUUCAUCAUCCGCGAUAUCGGUGUCCCUCAGGCCCUGCCACCAUCAUGGGAUUAA